CACAGGUGUCUCGCCAGUCCUCUAUGAAACAGCGGCUGCAAACUGUUGGCGAACUUUUUUUCCCUUUUUUUUUUUUCUUUAAUUAAGUUGAUCAUAACUGUAACUCAGCUGGGAUUUGCUGUCCGACUAGACAGGCCACUGUAAUUCAUGUAGUUAGCUCUUAAGUGGGUUUGCUCACCGCAGCCCUAAUCUCUUGCUACUAUUAAACGUGGAGCGACUAACCUGGAGGAGCUUUCCACAUCGUGACAGGUCCCGGACGCUCCUCUUUCCGCUGUUUUUAACUGCAUCUGAUUCCAGUGGUUAGAAAAUCAAUUACGCGACAGUUUGGAGAUAGUUUAAAGAGUUUUUCAAAACUUUAAAGUCGAGUUAAACUUUUUUAAGAUUUUCUUUUUUUAUUUACUGUCCGUCCUGUUACGCGCCGGAUAUGUGGUGGAUGCUGUUUCCCCGAUGGAUUUGGUUUCUUCUGGGACAUUGCUACACCAUUCUCCUUUAUAUGGAUAGCUGCCGCGUGAGAGCAAUGCCCAUGCCCAUGUCUGUGGCAAAAGUGGUGUACUCUCACGCAGGUCUGUGCCCGAACGACCUGAACCCCAACCUGUGGGUGGAUGCAAUGAGCACCUGCAUGCGCGAGUGUGAAUCCGACCAGGACUGUGAGUCAUUUGAGAAGUGCUGCCCUAAUGUCUGUGGUAACAAGAGCUGUGUGGCAGCACGCUAUAUAGACAUCAAGGGCAACAAGGGCCCCGUUGGAAUGCCAAAGGGCGCCACCUGCGACAAGUUCAUGUGCUCUCAGCAAGGGUCCGAGUGCGACAUCUGGGACGGCCAGCCUGUUUGUAAGUGCCGGGACCGCUGUGAGAGAGAACCCCACUUCACAUGUGCAUCUGACGGCAUGACCUAUUAUAACAAGUGCUACAUGGAUGCAGAGGCCUGUUCCAAGGGUAUCUCUAUCUCUGAGGUCACCUGCAGGUACCACCUGACCUGGCCCAACACCAGUCCAAUCCCUGCAGAGACCACCUUACAUCCCACCACUGCCCUCCAGACCACCCUCCCAGCUGACAUCCAGCUCCCCACCAUACAUACUGGCCCCACCCAACAGGCUGUUUUUGUGGGGGAGACAGCUAGCUUCCUGUGUGAGGUGACUGGGAAGCCACGUCCGGAAAUCACCUGGGAGAAACAACUGAAGGGCAAAGAGAACACGGUAAUGAGACCUAAUCAUGUCAGAGGGAACGUUGUGGUCACUAACAUUGGCCAGCUGGUCAUAUACAAUGCGCAACUUCAGGAUGCCGGCAUCUAUACGUGCACCGCCAAAAAUGUCGGGGGAAGCGUAUCAUCACACUUUCCCUUGGUAGUGAUCAAAAGAGAAGCGAAAGGUAAGAACGCAGAGGGGAAUAGUACCAACCUGCCAUUUCCAGCUGAAGAGUGCCUUAAGAGUCCAGACACAGACGACUGUGGGGAGGAGAGCAUGAGCUGGUACUAUGAACCAAAGAGGAACAAUUGCUUCACCUUCACCUACAGUCAGUGCAAUAAAAACCGUAACCAUUUUGACACCUAUGAAGCCUGCAUGCUGUCGUGCGGAGGAGAGCUGGCAGCUCCCUGCAGCCUACCGAGCCUCCAAGGGCCUUGCAAGGCGUAUGAGCCUCGCUGGGCUUACAGCAGCGGCCUCAAAAAGUGCCAGUCCUUCGUGUAUGGAGGCUGCGGUGGCAACGAGAACAACUUCGAGUCUAAAGAGGCCUGUGAAGAGAUGUGUCCCUUUCCGAAGAACCACAACUGCAAGAUAUGUAAACCUCGAGGCAAGAUGGUCACCAGCUUCUGCAAGAGUGACUUUGUGAUCCUCGGGCGUGUGACUGAGCUGACAGAGGAGCAGGAGUCAGGCCACGCUUUGGUGACAGUGGAAGAGAUUCUGAAGGAUGAGAAGAUGGGCCUGAGGUUCUUUGGUAAAGAGCCCUUGGAGGUGACUCUUCUGAACAUGGACUGGAACUGCCCCUGCCCUAAUAUCACUACAGCCAACGGGCAGCUCAUCAUCAUGGGGGAUGUUCACAACGGGAUGGCCGUCCUGCAGCCCGACAGCUUUGUAGGCUCCUCCAGCACUCGUAAAAUCAGGAAGCUUCGUGAGAUUGUCCACAAGAAAACCUGUGAUUUCCUUAAAGAUUUCUCUGCUGUACAGUAGAGUGUUUGAGAGUCUCACAUUCACUGAAAGUCAGUUACCUCACCAGUCUGACCGACUGCCAGUAAACCCAAAACUAGUAACUUAUCUGUAACAUCGGAGGUUUUGUUGCCUGUUUCAGAUGUUUUUCGUUCCUUACUUUGUUCCUUAUAGCUCUGUCGAUCUAAAAAAAAUCACUCCUCAUAGUUCCCACUGUUGUCCCUGAUCACUUUUGUCAGUUUUCAUUCAUGAUUUUUUUCACAUACGUUGUGUCAAAACUGUCCAAAUAGCUCUUUUUAAAACAAGAAUUAAGAAUAAAUUAGAAUUAGACCGUUUUGAUGGCCACACCUAGGGUACACAGGUAGAAUAGUAUUAGUUACAAGCAUUCACCCUGUACAAAGUAUUUAAUCUUUGUAACUGUUUACUAAAAUUUAAUUAUAGAUUUCCUUUAUCGUUAUCUUGAGUACACUAAUAUCAUUCCUUUAGCAGUAUGUUUUUGGUAUGUUUGCUUUACAUUUUUGUGGGUUAUCACAAAAUAAACAUUGUGUAAUAUCUGUCCUGAGUUCUUGAGCUCAUAAUAAUGCAAUUUGAAGCCUCAGUUUAUGUACCAGAAUCAAAUAAGCUCUUUGGUUCCAUAUUUUGUGGAAUUUGGUUUGAUAAGUUUUAAUUUACAAUACAGAAUAUGUAUAUGGACUUCUGUACUUCAUAUUUAUUUUUCUUGAUCUAUUUCUUAUAGGACUAUGGCGAGUAUAUACAUAAAAUCAGGAAGCUUCGUGAGAUAUGUAUAUAUCUAUAAAUAUAUAUAC